ACUACAAUAAGAGCUAAUGAAUAUACAGAUAAUGAAAUACAUACAAAGAAUACCAAAACACUUAGAGUAUUACAAAAGAAAAGCCUUAUAAGUCUGAAGAAAAUAAAAGAGUCUGAACAAGAUCCAA